CUGAGCCCAAAGCUCUUUAACCGAACCACAGUGAACAGAACCUUCAGGUCGGAACCAGCAGAGGAGAAAAUGAGUCUUAGGGCGGAGACGCACCUGGAGAGGAGGAGGAUGAGGAGGAGGAAGAGGAAGGUCCAGGAGGAUCCGGGAGGCGGGUUCUGGUUCUGGUUCUGGUUCAACAUCUCUGUGAUCGAACUUUCCCGGUUGCGCUCGGACAUGGACCUCCCGGCCUCCGGACGCUCCAGGUUUCUCAUCGACUCGCUGCUAGCGCUCAGGCCGCCCGCAGCGCUCUUCUCCCGGCCAAACCCUCCGGAGCUCCGCGGCGGCUUCCCGGAGCCUCCGUUCCCGCAGAGGGAGCCUGAUCCCCGCAGGGAAAACCCGGCGCUGCCCGGUCCGGCCCACCGGCAUCGCUGCCUCGGCGCCACCUUCCUGAUCCGGGACAUCCUGGCGGACUGCCGGUUCUGUUCGGACCCGGGACAUCCCGAACCGGGAGCCGAACCGAUCCGACCUGGACCGGCGGAAUACAGCGCAGCCCACGCUGGGCCGGAACCUGGACUCCUGAAGAAAGUCCGGAAGGCCCGAACAGCGUUCAGCGAGCAGCAGCUGACCCAGCUGGAGAAGAGCUUCCAGAACCGGAAGUACCUCAGCGUCCAGGACCGGAUGGAGCUCGCGGCGUCCCUGCAGCUCAGCGACACGCAGGUCAAGACCUGGUACCAGAACCGCAGGUAAGCCGGGUCAGAACCGUUCUGACCCAGUUCCGGCAGGAAGUGUAAAUAAAAAUCACGAAUUCGGAAACUGAACCUAGAGGUUUUAGAGUACAACCGGAAGUUCUGCUGGGUCAGAACCGGAAGUUCCCCUGCGAAGUGUUUGGCUGAUGGGUCCUCACCAUAUUUCAGUCCCGGUGUCAUGAG